UGCGCGUGCAGAGGCAGAGACAGGCUCAGGAUGAGACAGAUCAGCGUGCGCUGCUACACAUGACCAGACAGAGAGUGGCCUGGACACACACCGAGGACAGCCUGCUGAUGCUGUGCCGCGUCGCCAGCAACUUCCUCAACCGAAAGCUGAAGAGGCCGUUCGUGCCCUGGACAGUGGUGCGUGACAUUCUGCACGCUGAGUUUGACUCGUCUCAGGAUAAGACCUCUCUGGCUGUCGGCCGCCGCUCACGCUACAUCAUGAAGAACCCACAGACCUGCCUCAACUACAGGAUCUGUCUGGCUGAGAUGUACCAGGAUAAAGAGCUGAUCUCCAGAUUCAGCAGCCGCACUGGAGACUACAACGAUCUCCAGGUGUGUGCUUUGGAGUAUAAGGAGUUUGUCAGCGCUCUGAGGUCAAAGUUCAGCUCCAGUUACGGCCCCAGUGAUGUCAUCAUCCCAGACACCCGACAGCAGCUCUUCGACAGGUUUAAGGUGUACGCUGUAGGAGACGAUUCACUCCAGCGCACUCAAGACGUCUUGAAGAAGCAGGAGGACAUUGAUGUUUUGGUGCUGUUUAAUUUAAUUCAGAGCACACUGGUGCUGACCAACGCUCAGAUGAAGAACUACAGACCCUUCCAGGUACACACACACACACACAUACACAGAUGUAGACACACACACAGAGCAACACAUAUACACAAAAAUGUAGACAAAGACACACAGCUCCACUUCCCUUUACUUCGCUCUGCGGAUGGGGAAGAUCUCUGCACGGUUAUUAGUGAUGAUGGAGGAGGAGGAGGAGGUGAUGUUUACCUGCUGACUGUGGAGUAA